AGAGAUAUAAAUAGAUGUGUGGAUGUGGUUUAAGUUUCUCAUCCAUUGUGCAUUAUUAUAUUCUUCAUUGCCCUCCACCUGCAAGAUGGCAAGUGGUUGGAAGAGAGUGGCUUUGUUAUCUUUGUUGUGUUUUCACGUUCUUGUGUACAAUGUGGUUGCGAAGGAAGAUGGAAAGGAAGAGAAGUUUCUGUUCUUUGGCAAGAGUGGUGGACUAGGGGGUGGAUUUGGUGGUGGGAGUGGAUUCGGAGGUGGUUUUGGAGGAGGUGGAGGUGGCGGUGGAGGCGGCGGUGGUGGUGGAGGCGGAGGUUUUGGAGGUGGUGGAGGAUAUGGAGGAGGUCACGGAAUCGGUGGUGGAUUUGGUAAAGGUGGCGGUGUUGGUGGCGGAAUAGGAGGAGGCGCUGGUGGUGGCGGUGGAGUAGGAGGUGGCAUUGGAAAAGGUGGAGGAUUAGGUGGCGGUGCAGGAGGUGGGUUUGGAAAAGGUGGAGGUCUAGGAGGUGGUGCUGGUGGCGGGUUUGGUAAAGGUGGUGGACUUGGUGGUGGCAUUGGAAAAGGUGGAGGCUUAGGUGGUGGUGCUGGUGCUGGUGGAGGAUUUGGAAAAGGUGGUGGACUCGGUGGUGGAAUUGGUAAAGGUGGAGGCUUAGGUGGUGGUGCUGGUGCUGGUGGAGGAUUUGGAAAAGGUGGUGGACUCGGUGGUGGAAUUGGUAAAGGUGGAGGCUUAGGUGGUGGUGCCGGUGGAGGAAUUGGUAAAGGUGGUGGACUUGGUGGUGGCAUUGGAAAGGGUGGAGGCUUAGGUGGUGGUGCUGGCGGAGGAAUUGGUAAAGGUGGUGUAAUUGGUAAGGGUGGAGGUCUUGGUGGCGGAGUAGGAGGUGGUGCUGGUGGAGGGUUUGGAAAGGGUGGCGGACUUGGUGGUGGCAUUGGAAAAGGUGGAGGUCUAGGUGGUGGAGUUGGAGGUGGUGCUGGUGGAGGGUUUGGAAAAGGUGGUGGACUCGGUGGUGGCAUUGGGAAAGGCGGAGGACUAGGUGGUGGAGUUGGAGGUGGUGCUGGUGGAGGUUUUGGCAAGGGUGGAGGACUUGGUGGUGGAAUUGGAAAAGGUGGAGGACUUGGUGGUGGUGCUGGUGGAGGGUUUGGCAAAGGUGGAGGACUUGGUGGUGGAAUCGGAAAAGGUGGAGGGCUCGGUGGUGGCGCCGGCGGAGGGUUCGGCAAAGGUGGAGGACUUGGUGGUGGAAUUGGUAAAGGCGGUGGAUUUGGUGGUGGUGCUGGAGGAGGGUUUGGUAAGGGUGGUGGAGUUGGAGGAGGAUUCGGUAAGGGCGGAGGAUUUGGUGGUGGAGUAGGAGGCGGUGCUGGUGGUGGUGGCGGCGGAGGAGGAGGCGGAGGCGGUGGGGGUGGGGGUGGCUUUGGAAAAGGUGGAGGCUUUGGUAGUGGAUUUGGAAGCGGGUUCGGUGGUGGUGUUGGUGGAGGUGGCGGAGGAGGCUUUGGUGGUGGUGGCGGAUUUGGUGGAGGCGGAAUUGGACACCACUAAAUUCUAUUUUGAAUUAAAAUUGCAUUUACUUAUAUUAAGAAUAUGAAUUAUAUGUAUUAUUACCAAAGGAAAUUGUUUGCAUGCAUUAGAUUUACUUAAAUAUUUAUCAACCUUCCGUUCCACA